AUGGCAGAACUUUCUGAUCGAUCGGUUAGAAGCAAGAAUAUCAUAAUAACUGGAUUAAUGGAAACAAAUAUAUCUAACUAUAAAGAUAGAAAAGAGGCUGAGAAGAGAGAAGUACUUGGUUUAUUAAAAAAAGAUCUCAAACGAUUGUACAGAACCAAAAAGUAUAACACGCCUGGGAAAGUAUGCGCCAGCCAUGCAACGCCUACUCAAAAUCAAACGCCUCAACAACAAUCUUUCUACAAAAAACUUAAAGAAGAGUUGAAACAUCGUAAGGACAAUGGAGAGAUGAACCUAGCUAUCAAAUACAACAAAGGUCUACCAAAAAUAGUUAAAAUUAAGCCAAAAAACUAA